AGAAAAGUAAGAUUAACAUAUAAUUAAUUAUCACAAAGUUGGCAUGUCCUGCACCACGGGCGGCCAUGUUGGUUUUAGGUCAGGCUGACUUAACAAGCACAGACAAUUUUAACCAAGUCAGAACCAAAACAGGCCCAACUAUGAUAAAUGAUGAAAAAUUGGGUGAGAAACUCUCUCAUACCCCCCAAUAAGAAACUGAAGAGUAUGGAUCUUGUGGUGCAGGUUGCCGGUUUUAGGGAUUGCUCAGGUUAACAAAGAAAGGUCUUUUUUUAUCAUGCAUCAAGUGCAUUUAGAAGGCAAUUAGUCGAGAUCCGAAAAGAAAAACGGAUCCGAAAAUAGUGCACAACGUAUUACGCACAUGGGUGUUUAGAUUGCUGCACCUGUCAUCAUCAUUCAAGAGAUAGAACGGGAUAGAAAAAAGACAGAGACAAUGAGAACGGAUGAUGAGGGAGUGUCGUCACUCAAUGUUUGGUUUUCUCGUCGCUGUACAGCUCCUCUGCGAAUCUUGGAAAUGAUGUCUUCAAAAAAGCAGGAUAAUGAAUCGGUCCCAGAUUCAAUCUCCAUGUUUAAAUGAUCUGACACUUGACCACUGGAAGCCUACAAAUCCUUAACAUGACUACGAAAUGAUUUUAAGAUAUGACCUGUUGAUACGAAAUAGUGAUAGCAUGUAUGGCUAGAAAGAAGAUGUAACAUGAUAUAAGAAAAACAUUUAGUCAACUGCUAGAAAACGGACGUUUUCUUUCGCCAAUUGGGAGGUGUCCUAAUGGACCUGGAAUCCAAGGCUGUGUAGAUUUGGGUUUGGCAUUGAAAUCAUGGGUUGUGGCGGCUCUAGGACAGAUGUGUUGGAGCCAAGAUACAUGGAGAGCUGGACCAAGGAGACAGAGUCCACUUGGCUGACCAGCACAGAUACUGACAUACCUCUGUCCUCCAUCCAGAGCAUUUCCUCAGAAAACUCUUCCGAGGUGGGCUUUCCAUCACAGAAAACUACCAACCCCGAUCUCUUUGAUGAUGGCCUGCCAUCUCCAGCUCAGGCAUAUCUGAAAGUGUGUUCUGCCAUGUCUGAGAUGGGCCUGAAUGACGUUACAUCUGGAACCACACCAGCAAUACUCUCAUCCCAAGAGCAGGUGUUGUCCACUUUUGGUACCACAGUGCAGAGGAGAAGUGUGUUGCGAACUGAAGAAAUAACCAAAUGGCAGGACAACAGGAUGUCCACCAAGCAGGUGACCAUCACUGUGACUCAAAGUAUCCGGCAGGUGGAUACUAAGAGUGGUAAGAUCAAGGAGACCUCCCAAACCACCUAUGAGGUCAUGAAACCAAUGGAGGCUCUGAUGGAUGCAGCGGUUGACUCAGUGCCACAAUAAGAUGGUUACACAAGAUCUCAUGAAAACUGUUUGUUUGCCAGAAAAAGAUUGUAUCUUGGAUUUCUUAAAAGCUUUGGUUAAGAUGUCACAGACCAAAGAAGUAAAAAUCAGGGAUGACCUGAAUGAAGUACAACAGUGCUGUGAUUAACGGUUUCAAGGGUCAAUGCAUUAUCUGCUUCAUCCGUAAAUUACAGGAGACAUUAGAUUGUUUAAAUAAUAUCUAUUUUUAUGUACCACUUUCAUCUAAAAUGUCUUUGUUGUAAUGUUGUUUGUUUCAUUUUUUAUUUGUAUUUUUCAUCUACAAAACAAAUCUUAGUAAAU